UGUAUCAUUUCCCAUUGAUUUUCACACGACAUCAACAUAACUUUCUUUGAAUGUCACGCUAAAGUUACUCACUUCUCGCUGUAAAAAUUCUCUUUUAAUUGUCCACGUGAGCGAAGCUAAAAACUAUUGGAUCAUUAUACGCAGAUUUUAUGAAAUUGGAUCCUUCAAAUAUUUCUUCCAUUAGUGAUUUACCGUCUGUGAGCUGUGUUUGGAAAAUCACUACAAAAGCGAGAACAUUUUGAUAUAGACUUGAGAAUGCUACUGGUGUGGUAAUAAAUAUUUUAAAGACAUUAUAAUUUGAAAGAUUCGUGUGAGGAAUUCACACUUUGUCAUCCGCUUUCACACUUUGCAUUGCAGGAAAAUUUAUUGUAUAUUUGUGCGUCGUUUGAACUGCGUGAAAAAAACUUUAAAUCAUCUUUAAUUGCAAAGUGGAUUUCAAAUUUGUAACGUAAAAUUGAAACCAAAAAGUACAAUUACCGCCUAUGUUGAAGGUACAGUGAUCAAGUUAAAGGAAUAAAAUAGUUCACAUAAACUGCAGACGAGUUUGGUCGUGAACCAAAGGUUGUUGGACAACAGUUGACCCAUUUAAGAUAUUUCAUUUAAACUUUUCACCGUAAAGUUUCAAUUGUGGAUUGCUCGUACACGUUAGCGAGUUCUAUGGAUGCGUCUGGCUUUCUAUCGCCAAAGGCAAACGCAUUUUCAAUUGCCCAUCUUAUUGACGCUUCACAAUGUAUUCAAGAUGGAUCGUGUAUGAGGAUGAACGAAAUAUUCAAUUGGUCCUCACAGUUAUUGACGAAGGAAAUGGAAGAAUGCCUACAAAACGCUGGGACAGGUAAAAAAGCACCCAAGCGAUGCAGCAGUAGUGAUGAGGAGCGACCAUCACCAACAAUAUCUCCAUCAAAUGUUUCUUCGUUUCCUACGAAAUCCAACAACACAGGUCGAAGCUUGGCUCAUGUUAGAGUUGAUCUUGAAAUGAAAAGUUUAUGGGAAGAAUUUCACUCUCUUGGUACCGAAAUGAUUGUCACAAAGGCAGGAAGGCGGAUGUUUCCGACCUUUCAAGUACGUCUGUAUGGUAUGGAGCAAAACACAAAGUACAUGUUAAUGAUGGACUUUGUAUCUGUUGACGACAAACGCUAUAGAUACGCUUUUCACAGUUCCAAGUGGUUAGUGGCGGGGAAAGCCGACCCUAGUGUUCCUGGACGUGUUCACGUGCAUCCAGAUUCUCCCUGUACAGGCGCGCAGUGGAUGAAACAAAUUGUCUCUUUUGAUAAGCUCAAACUGACAAACAACUUAAUGGAUGAUAAUGGACAUAUCAUUCUGAAUUCAAUGCACAAAUAUCAGCCUCGCUUUCACGUAAUCCUAAUUGAGCCUGAGUUUGAGCUUCAAGGUCACCAAGUUGAAAAUAUUACUCCUGAGAUAAUGAGAGAAAAUAUGAGGACGUUCGUCUUUCCCGAAACACAGUUCAUGGCUGUUACUGCUUAUCAAAAUCACAUGAUAACGCAGUUGAAAAUUGCCAGUAAUCCCUUCGCUAAAGGAUUUCGCGACUGUGAUACAGAUGAUUGCAAUAUGGUUGAAGUUAUGAAGCAAAUCGACAACGGUGCUUCUCAUCAGCCUUCCAGAACGAGAUUACAAUCUGGAAAUCCACACCAUUCCCCUGAGCCUGUUUCGCGGCCUCAAUGCUCAGGUGCGCUCACCACUACUGUUGCCAUGACGAUGAACGAAACUAACAACGCUCAAAAUGACUUGAAUCAGACAUAUGUUCCACACGCUUCUACACCGAACUAUCCCAUGAUACAUCGCGUUUCUAACUCACGUAACUAUCCUACACCGGUGCAGUCACCAGGUCCCCAGCGGGGAUAUCAUCGCGUUCACAGACCAGCACCCUACCCUCAGCAAAUGACACGCUACAAUACAGUUUCCCCACGCAAUGAGAACAUCGUCACUCAAUCUUACAAUGGUGUCAACAAUCACAUUUAUACGAUGAACAUGUAGGAAGUUCAGUCGUCUUCAUUAAGAAACUUGUACUGCGUUAGUCACGCAAUUGUUGUCUUACAUUGUAAUGUUUUAAUUUCUCCCUUUUUCUCAAUACAUUCGUCAUUCGUAGUAUUAACAACUUUUUUACGUUCAACUCGGCCUUUUUGCUCUUAAACGUGAACAUAAAUAUCUAAUGUUUCUAGUGUACAAUGUUGACUUCUUGAAAAAGUUUCUAAUUAUCUGACAAGUCGAAUCUCGUUUACCCAAUAUUUUUUUGUAUUCCUAGCAGCAUAUCUCCCUUCACUCAUUGUCCACUCGUUUUUGAUAAUUCUUGAAGUAUCUUUUCAAAAAAAAGACAAAAAAUUUUCGGUUGAUAGCUCCAUUUGCUCCUAAUGUUCAGCAGUGGCCGUCCAUUACAAGGAGAAAAUAAAUUAUUCUAACUCAAUUUUUCAUUCAAAAUACCUUCAUGACAAUGUGAUUGGUUGUAUAAUCCAAAGAAUAAAAUUUUACAAAUUGAGCUGUUUUAGAGGAACUUUGAAGUGUAGAUAUAAUUGAGUUAUUUGUACUUUAUUUUGACCAGUGCUAGACUCUUUAAACUAGCAUUACAAGUCAUUUACAAUACAUUUACGUUUUUGAAGUUGUAUCUUGGUAUUUUUGAAGAUAGAUUUUUAUUUCAUAAUUUUGUACGAUUUAAUCAAUAUUUGAUUGAUUCAUUUAGUUGAUAGCAAUUUUCAGUUAUAAUUAACUUAACACUAACAAACUUAUUACGACAAACCACAAUUCAUUUUAACACAAGUUUUAUACAUUACAUUUUUCUUCGUAAUUAUUUUAAUGUCCUACUGUAAAUAAGGAUUAAUUUAAAAUACUUUAGUUGAAUUAUAUUGAAUUUACGAAUUAGCCAAUUCCAAGUAA